UCCGCAUGCGCUUUAUUCCUAAAAAUUCAUCAGCCAUAUUGGUGUGUUUUAUCGCUGCUCUUAAUUAUUUCAAAGAUCACAAAGCAAAUAGUACAUCAUGACGGAUUCUAUGAAGUUUGGUCCUGAAUGGUUGCGUAAUCUCUCAGGAGAAAAUUCGAAUAGUAGUGGUACUAGUGGAAGUACCUCGACUUUAAGUACUCCACGAUAUCAAUUAGCGGAGCAUAGAUAUGGAAGAGAAGAGAUGCUGGCUUUAUUUGACCGUAAUUAUAAACCACCUGAGCCAUUGGCAACAUUUUCAACAUUAUACGUUGACAAACCUCAACUUCCAUUGGCUCUUAUACAAAUGACAGAAGAUGAAACGCGUUUAUGGAAUGGAGGUGUGACUAAUAUUGGAAGCCGUGGAAGAGGUGGAAGUGUAGAUCGUGGAGGGAGAAGUAGAAAUGGAAGAGGCGGUUUAUAUUCUCAUUAUUCCAGAGCAGUUGGUUUUGAGGAUCCUAGUGAAGUAAUUCGCAUUGAUUCAGGCCAAUCUUUUCAAGCAAGAAAUCGACCAUUUGAAAGAUCUCAAAGUGAACGGGGCUGGUCAGAAAGAAAUGGAUCCUCGGAUCCAAUUGAAUGGAAUGGUUCUACUAGUCCUAGAAAAGAAUUAUCUCGUGGAAUUAGUGGAAGUUCUCUUAUGGAAAGUAAUUGGCGACGAUAUAGAAAUGGUGGAGAAGAUGAUGAUGGUUGGCGUAAGUGGGGUAGAAAUAGUUGGCGCGAAGGAGGUAGUAUAGAUAGGGACAGGUUGGAUAGAAAUGAAGGUGAUAACGAAGAAAAUCGAAGUGUUGGUGGGCGAUGGGAAUUCCGUGGGAAUCAUAGAUCUCCUCACGAAACGAACCAUCUUCCUCCACCUCGUACGGCACGUACAUGGGAAUCUAAUCAUCAUGAUAAUCAUGAUAAUCUUCCAGAAUGGGCGACUGAAAAUCCUAGCGAAAGCGGAGGGCGAUUUGAUGCUUCAGGAGCAUUUCAUGGAGGAAUGUAUUCCGAUGAUGACGAUGAAGGAAUUAUUAGCAUAAGAAAUUCUCAAGAGUUAAGGACUCGACGUGUUUCUGAAGGAAAUGCUUCUAGUACAUCAAAGUCUAAUAACAAAUCUAUAUCAUAUGGCACAGGCCAGGGACAAGUAGAAAAUCGUCACAUAAAUGAUUCAACUGGUACAAAGCAUAGAGAAAAAUCCAAAUCUGUUCGUUUAAUAGAAGAAAAAGACAACACUACAGAAAGAGACGUUUGCAAUUCUCCAAAUAAAGCAGUUCUUUCAACAUCUAGCAAUACUUCAGCAAAAAGUUUAUCAUCUACAUCUUCAUCUGCUUCUCUUACUAUGCCAUUAGUGACAAAUGUAAAUACUAAUAAUAUUGAAAGCGAUAAAACUCCAUCAAAUGAUACAGAUAAUAAAUGCUCAAGUGUGAUGCAUGACAGAGGAACUGCAGAAUUAGCGGUUGAUAAGGAUAUAUUAGCGUCUACUGCGAAUAAACAGUUAUCGGUACAAGCAGAAUCACAAAAGGUUGCGCACGAAACAGUAAUAGAUAAUGUAAAAAAAUCAGAAGAUGAUUUAGAUAGAAUGAAGGAAAAAGCUGAUGCUCUGGUAGCCACAUUGAUGGCUGAUGAAGAAAGCCACAGAGAAAAAGCGGCAACUAUAUCUCCAUCUAUGAGCAAUCAACAAACAUCUUCGAACGUGCAAGAGAAAUGGUUUUAUCGUGAUCCACAAGGUGAAGUACAGGGUCCAUUUUUAGCAAGUGAAAUGGCAGAAUGGUGCAAGGCCGGAUACUUUACUGCUGGGUUAAUGGUAAGAAGGACUUGCGAUGAAAGAUAUACUACUUUAGGGGAGUUAAUGAAAAUUUGUGGGAGAGUGCCAUUUAUUCCAGGACCCUCCAUUCCUCCCUUAAAGUUGUCUGAACCAGUAAUACCAUCUGUUCCUAGUACAGUACCUGCUGGUAUAGCUGCUACUACUUUACCUAAAUCUGGAAUAGAAGAUCCUUUACUUUUACUUCAAUAUCAACAUAUGCGUUUGUUACAAAAUCAACAAUUAUUAUUAAGACAAAUGAGAACAUCAGCUAUAGCUAAACUUUCCCAAUCUGAACAUUGGGCAACUCUAAGUCCUAUUGAACAGAACCAAUUAAUACUCCAAUAUGUUAUUCAGGAUUCUGAAAUACCAGAUAUGCCAAUUUCUGCUAAUCCAUUUGUGCCUCAUCUUACACCAUCACCGUCAAAUCCUGUUAUACAAUUAUUUAAUCAAAUGCAACAGCAGGCAAAGAUACAGCCCGAACCUCAUCUACCAUCUAAUUCACAAGCCAGUGCUACAGGACAUCCGGGCCAGAUUGAUCCUAUACAACAACUUAUUCAACAAAUGGGCGGCAUUCAAAACGUACCUACAAUUUCACAACCAAAUUUAAAUUCUACUUCGUCUCAAGAAGAUAAUCCUAUAAAAUCAUUGUUACGACAACUUAAUGUUAAUGCAACUGGACAUCCGCAAACAUCUCAUAUUGAUACUGUUUGGCCACAUUCACCUCCACAAAUAACUCCGCAAUUUAAUGCUCAAAAUUGGUUAACACAGGUGGGACCUAUACCUGCAGUACCGCCUGGUCAAUUACCUACUACACUAUGGAAUUUACAUACUAAAGAAAUAAAAACGGAACAGCAAAUAUUAGAAGAACAGAAUCUUAAGUUGCAAGAACAAAGAAAGAAAGAAGAAUUGAGAAAACAAGAAGAAUUACAAAGACAAGCUGAAAAAGAGAAAGCUAAAAGAAAGCAGGAAGAAGAAUUAGUUAGACAAGCAGAAGAGGCAAAACGAAAAGAAGAAGAGGAAAGGAAAAAAAAGGAAGAGGAAAAGAAACGUAAAGAAGAAGAAAAGCGGAAACAAGAAGAAGAACUAAAGAAAAAGGAAGAAAAAAAACGUAAAGAAGAAGAGAAGAAGAAAAGAGAGGAAGAAAAACGAAAACAAGAAGAGGAAAAUAUUAAAAGGAAGCAAGAAGAAGAAAAAAGAAAACGAGAUGAGAUUAAAAAGCAAGAAGAAAAAUAUAAGAAAGAAGAAGAGAAAAAGAAAAAAUUAGAAGAGGAACAAAAAAAACAAGAAGAAGAAAGAAUCAAGAAAGAAGCAGAAGCACGCAAGUUGCUCGAAGCUGAAGAACAGGCACGACGUACUGAACAAAGGCGUCGAGAAGCAGAAGCGCUUCGUAAACUUCAAGAAAGAAGUAAAGCACCGUGGGCUCAGGCACCUCGUACGCCUGCUCCUACAACUCAUGCUUCACUCGCAGAAAUUCAGAGGCUAGAACGAGAGAAAAAAGCAGAAGAGCAACGGUAUCAGCAAUUAAUGCAACAACAAUUAGCACAACAAAAAGCUGUAGAGGCAGUACAAGAAGCAGCAGCGGCAGAUUCGUCCAAACGUUUACAAUUUAAAUGGGCAGAGAAAGCUACAUCUUCUAAUAAACCUCUUCAAGUAAAAAGUCUUACACAAAUUCAACAAGAGGAGCAAGAACGCAUUGCUAAGCAACAAGAAAAAGAAAGACAGGAAAAAGUAGGACAAAAAGAGUCGACUAGUGUCCUUCCUAAUGCCGGUAUAUGGGGCACAGCUUCACAAUGUCUAAAUUGGACUAAUUCGAGUUCAUCUAGUAAUAGUCAAGCUUGGUCAACUAAUACUAAUACUAAUACUAAUACUAAUACUAGCGGUUUUUGGGAUGAUCCUACAACUACACAAAGAUCGUCUCUUACUAUUAAACAGACGACAAAACCAGCAACAACAAAAUCUACUUCUAAUCAACAGCCUCAACAACAACAACAACAGCAACAACAGAAUAAUAAAUCAACUAAAAAUAAAGUAAAAAAGGAAGAAGAAUUAGUAAAAAAAUUAUUCGAACAAAACACUGCCAAGCUUGACGAUUUUACACAAUGGUGCAACAAGGCUUUGAGCGGUAUACAAGCUUCUGUUGACAUACCUACAUUUGUUGGGUUUUUACGGGAUAUUGAAUCACCAUACGAAGUAAAAGAAUAUAUACGUGUGUACCUUGGGGAUAAUAAACAAAGUACAGAAUUUGCAAAGCAAUUUUUAGAAAAGAGAAGUAAGUGGCGUUCGGCACAGAGACCUCAAGCGCAGGUAGAUAAUUUGUGUAAACCUGCACCAGCCGUAAACCCAAAUGCUCCUACCGAAUUCCAGGAAGUUAAGGGAAAAUCUAAGAAACCCAAGAAAGGAAAAAUGUUUAAAGUAGACAAUAGAAUUCUUGGCUUUAGCGUAACUGCGGCACCUGAUCGUAUAAAUGUGGGAGAUCGCGAUUAUGGAGAAGACGUUUAAGCGCAUUCCGUGCAAUUAUAACUACAAUUGAGGAAAUUGUGCAACGCUCGAUUCAUCAAAUGGUUCGUUAUUUAUUUAUUGUAGGUCAUACUAAAGGUUUGAAAGAUUCUAUUGUGAAUAUAAUAACAAAUUUAUAAAACACAAACAAUUUUUUUCUCGUCAAAUAGAAUCAUCUACUAAAAUAA